AUGAAAAAUACAAAUAAACUUGACGCUAGGAAUCAAAAUAAAUUAAGAGAGAACGAAACAAUUGAAAAAAUAGAAAAAUCAGAAAUUAAACAAUUAUCAUCAGUACUCAAUAAACACCAUCAACCGCAACUUUCAAUAGUUAUUCCUGUCUAUAAUCAAAUAAGAUUUUUAGAUUUCACAUUGCAAAGUUUAAUCAAACAACAAAAUACUUCAGAUUGGGAAGUCAUUAUAGUUGACGAUGGUUCUACAGAGUGGCUUACCAAACAACUGCUUUACCAGGUCUUUCAAGAGUACUCCCAGUUGAUCGACCUUACCAUACUGUUUGAAGUGAACGGUGGGCUAUCAUGGGCAAGAAAUCAAGCUAUUAAAGUUGCCAAUGGAAAGUGGAUUUUGCCUCUUGACUCUGAUGAUACACUUGCACCUGAUUUCCUUACCAAAUCAUUCAAUGUUUUAAAUACUUUAGAUUCAAACAAUAAACAUACUGUAGUUAUAUCUGAUUUACAAGGAUUUGUAGAGAAUGAAGAAGAGGCUGGAGGUGUAGAAAGAUUAAUGUCUUGGAGCAUACCCGACUGGGAUAGAGAAUCAUUGAAAUUCAAGAAUCUAUUACAUUGUUCAGCUUUGUUUAGAAAGGAUCUAUGGGAAACGGUUGGUGGCUUUGAUAACAAUCUGUGGUUUGGCUGGGAGGAUUGGGAUUUCUGGUUAAGAUUGGAUCGCAAAUUACCUGAUGGUCUUGACAUUAAAGUGAUUAGAGAGGAGCUAUUUAACUACCGUAUGAAACCAGGAAUGCAUUCUUUUUGUAAAGAUAAUUUCCAACUAUGUUUCUCUAUGUUUCAGACUCUGCAUCCAGAGGAAUACUCUUUAUCUGAUAUUAUACAUGCUCAUCGGAGAAUUGGUGCCGAAGGUGCCAAGAUACUACUUCCACUCAAAAGAAGAAUUAAACAGUUUCCAAAUUCAUAUAUUUUGCAUAUGUGGUUAGGAUUAGUACACGAAUAUCAUAAACCAAAGGAUGUUGUCACUGCUAGAAGAGAAUACGAACUAUCAAUGACAUUGGGGCAUGAAAAGAAUGAUUGGCAACCAAUUAUUUUGAGAAUAUUGGUCGAUAGAGGUACUGAUAUGUUUGAUGAAUCCAAGAGAGAUUUACCACAUAUUUUCGGAAAGUACGAUUCAAAUUUAAAGAAUGAAUUAAUCAAUGUUUAUGGAGAUAUAUUCAAAUGA